AUGUUGUCCAAAACCAUGUUCAUCCUCGCCUCGGCUGCCACUCUAGUCAACAGCCAGUUUGACCCGUCAUCAGUUCCCUAUGCUACAAGAGAGGCCUGGUGUAACUCCCAAACAUCCGCAUGUCCCCUUCUCUGCCUACAAGUAUCAGGAGCGUCGGGCUCACCAACAUCAAACACCUGCUCAGCAGACACACUACACUACGACUGUCUAUGCAGCAAUGGUGUCAACCCCAACGCCACCGAAUAUUCCCAGACAAUCCCCUACUACACCUGCACAGAAUCUAAUAACCAAUGCGUCCUCAAGUGCAACGGUGACUCCUCUUGCCAGAAUAACUGCAGAGUAAAGAACCCAUGUGGAGCUCAGGAUCCCAAGCGUGUUAAUGUGACUACUACCGCCAAGGCUGCUACCCCCACUGCAUCAGAGACCCCUGUCAAUACACUUGUCAAUGGCAAUGGAGCUACUGGUGCUGCUCCCCGCAUGGCCUCAGUUGAUAUGAGUCAUGUCUAUGGGCUUUGUGUUUUGGUUGGUGGGUUUGUUGCUGGCUUUGCUACUCUCUUGUAG